AGUUUCCCUAUUAUGUUCGUAGUUUAUAUUUUGUCCGUACCUAUCGCUGAAGUCGUAUACGCUGCGAACGAAAGGUCGUGAACAAAAAUUGAACAAAAACUAAUUGAUGUGAAAACUGUUAUAAUGUAUGGUUAAAUUAACCAAUUAGAUCGUAACGUUUCGAUUACGUCACAAAGAAGAUAUUUAAAAAUCAUUUAUUAUUUAUUUAUUUUUAUCAUGUUAAAAUUAUUAUUUUAAUAUAAUAAUAAUAUUAAAGAUUAUAGAAAUAUAAAGAGAAAAUAAUGAAACAUUGUUUAAUUUGAUGAGAUUAAUUUAGUAUUAUUUGUAUAUAGGUUAAAUGCAGUUAUCUAUGCAUUUGCAUUGCACAAUUUGCAAGCGUUGAAUGAUUCUUGCAAAAAAGUAAACGUAUAUGCAUAAACGAUCAUGUUUAGGAUCGUUCGGCGUUGUUAUGUACUUGUCAAAAGUUUGAAUCUAAUGUAAUUUAUUAUAAAUUGUUAAGUUUUAUCGAGCUGUCUUUUCUGAAUAAUUAUUUAUUAUUCUGAAUAAUUAUUUUUAAAGAAAAAUACAAUUACUUAUAAUUAUGGAAAUCAAUCCAUUAAGUAUAAUUCUUGUAAAAAGUGAUAGCAAGGGUGACAGACUUUUAUUUCGAUAUCCACAUAUGAUGAGUCAUGUGCGCGACUCAAAACAGUGCACAAAACGUAAAAAUCCGUAUUCCUUGACAACUACGGAAGAUUUAUUACAGCAGUCUCUACCAUUUCCAACUUCUAACAUAAACAAUGGAAAUCUUACUGGCUUAAAGGAUGAAGUACUUUCAACAUUAUUUGCAGUUAAACCUGAAUUAUGCGAACAAAAAUUUGAAUUGAAAGUAAAUGAUGUUCGCUUCGUUGGACAUCCUACUUUGAUACCACAACGCGGUUUUAAAGAAGUUAAUUCUUCUAUGCUUUUUAAUGUAGUCUUUGCUUUACAAGCCCAAGCAAGUCAUUCUGUAGUAAAAUGUUAUUAUGAUUUGAGCAGAAGAUUGGGUAUUGCAUUAAGACACGAAGAAAAGAGAUGUGGUUUUUUGACAGAUGAAAUUAAGAUUAUGGUAUCAACUCAUGAUGAAAUUACUGCUAGAUCAGAGGGUGAAAGUGAUAGCGACGAAUCUCCAUAUGAAUUGAUACUACAGAAAAGCUUACUUGCUCGUAAUCUAAAAACAGUCUUCAGUAGUAUUAGUACAUCUGGUAUAAUUAAUAUUAUGAUUAAUAAAUGGAUACAAGUACGCUUUUGUCUUCCACAAAAGGUUCACCAAUCAUACAAGAAAGGUUUCUUUAUUAAUCCUGAGAUUAUUGAUAGAUGUUUAAACAGUUUAAGACCUUACCAUGGACUACUUUUGUUAAUUGAACCUUCAGAUUUAUUAGAUUCAUUGCCAAUAGAUUCUUCUCCAGCAUUAAGACGUCUAAUUCAAAUGUAUAAUCCAUUAAAGAGUCUACAAACAUUAGCUGCUGAUUCAGAUUUAACACUGACACAAGUAUUCCAAUUGACUGGACAUUUAGUUUAUUGGGCUAAAGCUAGAAUAAUUUAUCCACUUUGUGAAAGUAAUGUUUAUGUUGUAUCACCAGAUGCUAUUUUAUCUAAUCAAUUAUUGGAAGCAUUUUCUGAACAAUUUUCAGGACUCUGUCUUUUACAAGUCAUUAGUGAUUUUUCCUUGCCAACAUCAAUUAGUCAAAAGUUAAAUCCUUUAAGUCAACCUCAGCAACAAACUCAAUUAGUAAAAGUCAUCAUAUGGUUACUCAAAAAUCAUCUACUUUUGCAAUUGCAUACAUAUGUCCAAUACAUGCCAACAGUACAUGGUCUUGUAUUACCGGACUCGAAAGAGCAAGCCACUUUUGAUGUAAAUCAUAUUGAUGAAACAGAAAAUUCUUGGGAUUUUGAUGAAACUAAUAAAGGAAUAAUUACUGAUGUAAAAGAAGAGCUAUCUCAUACUUUACAUAAAAAAGAUGUGUUCUACAAUUAUCCAUCAGAAAGUUACGAUAUUCCAUCUGACGAUAGAAAAUUACUUGAUAAAUUGUGUCGUCUUGGAUAUUUUAAUGGUGGACAUCAUCUAGAAGAAAUAAUGUAUUUAGAAAAUAUUAGAAGAUCUCAAUUAUUGCAAAUAUUAGAUAAAUUUAGAGAUAUAUUGAUAACACGUGAAUGUGAAGAUCCUGCAAUAGAUAUGUUUCAUACUCAGUUAGGAUCUUAGUGAUACUAUUUUGUAUGAUAGUACAGUAAGAAUAAUUGCAAUUAAACAGUAUUAAAAUAUUCUUCUAUUGUCUUUGUAUAUCUUUUGAAAUUAUAUCCUUUAUAAUUAACUUGAAAAUAAAAAUAUAUCAAAUAAGCAAAAUGCAAUAGAAAUGUAAAUCUAAUAAAAUUAUUAAAAGGCUUAAUUUAUAUUUUA